CUUGACAGCCUGCCACUUCUCCGCCACCUUUUUCUUCUCAAACCUCCUGAGGCUGCAGCGUGCUUGUUCCUUUCGUUUUCGUCUCCACUGACUUGGAAUAGUCCGGUGGCACAGAUUGUGGCUGCGAUUUCUGACAAAAAGGACAUUGCUGUGGCUGGUGUACCUCCCAACCUCAGGCCUAGAACCACAAUCAGCUAAACGGAUCCACGGUCACUGAAAGUCAAGGCGCGACUGCAAGCUCACUUUGCGCGCAAACAUUAACCGCUUCUUUCACUCUUUUCUUCCAUUGAUCUAACUCCCUCUCCUCAUCACAAAGAACCUACAACAUGUCAGACAUAGAAGACCCAAUUGACUCAAUCGACGAGGGCGGCGACGACCUCUUCGGUGAUGAUGGUGACGAUGAUAUUGUGCCCACCAAGGAGCCUGUCCAUGAGAAUGAUGAACUUGCAUCAGAUCCAGAAGGCGAUAGCUACGCGCGGUAUCGCAACGACGACGACGACCAGGCUCAAGUCCAGACAAAAGAACGAGCUAUCCAAAACGUCGAGACCUAUCGACAUCGAAUUCCUAAGCCUAAAGAUGGCGCGCUUCGAAUCCUACGGAUCCCCAAGUUCAUGAAGAUAAUGCCUGAAGUGUACGAUCCCGAGACGUUCGAGCCAACAGAAUUCGACCUGGUAAACGCUAAAGCUGAACAUCCUAAGCACGUCGCUCGAGUACGAAAAGAUCACAGUACCGGCGAGUUCAAGAGUAACACGAACAUCUUUCACUGGAGUGACGGAUCAGUGACAAUUUCCGUUGGCGGAGAGCACUAUGAGAUUCAGAGAAAGGCGCUCGCCCCACCGCCAGACAAGCCCUACAACGAGGUCAACGAUGGUCACUACUAUGCAGCUGCCGCCGAGUUACACAGUAACAUCCUCAUGACGGUUGGACAUAUCACAGAGCAAUACAAUGUUCGACCCAACAAAUCUGUUGGAGACGACGCGCUGACUCUCCUUGCUGAGAGGAUGGCUGUUGCUAGUAAGCCUGCGAAUGCAUCUGACAUGAUCAUCCAAACUACUGUCGAUCCCGAACUCCAGAAAAAGCAGGCCGAAUUGGCCGAGAAGGAGAGAAUGAAGGCACAGAGGCGACGCGAGAAUGCUGCUGCCAAGAUGGACGGUGGGUAUGGCCGAUCACGAGGAGGAUUGUCUAUUGGGGACCUUGAAGGUGGGCGUCGAGGCGCCGGAGGCUCUCGCAAGCGCGGCGCGCCUGGUUCAGGCAAGCCUAGAAGGCGAAGAGAUGAGGAGUCAGACGAGGAACUUGAGCAUGCUGUUGGUCGACAUGAAGGCUACUCCCUCGACGAUGGCUUCAUCGUCAAUAGUGACGACGAAGAAGUGGAAAGCGGAGGCGAUGAUGACGACGAAGAUGAGUUUCCCGAUGACGACGAAGAGGAGAAGCCUCGUUCCAAACGGCAGAGGACAAGGGAUCGCAGUGAGGACGAAGAUGAUCUCAGCGAAGUCGAACAAGUGGCAGGAAGAUCCCGCCGGAGAAAUGUCAUUGAUGAUGAUGACGACUAGAACGGACGUCUUUGGAGUCUCAGAGCCAAUAGGGUGAUACGUGCAUGGUGAGCAAAGGGAGGUUAUUGCUGUGUAAUAUGAUUAUAACAAAUAUCAAACUGUCUUCGACAGAGUACCACAAAAAUUGGUAGUUUUUGUAUGGUAUUUUUCUAAUUUUAGACUUUUAGGAGCAAUAUAGCAAAGCUGCAUCUUCAAUGAACCUUGCCUUAUGUGACUCUCCUUCGCCAAUACAAUAAACCGUAGCAUAA